AUGGCUUCAAUAUAUGCGAACGCAUACUUUACCAUCGUGGCCGCCGAAGGAACUGAUGCUGAAUUUGGUCUCAGGGGCAUUCAAAUCACUUCUGGUCCCCGAAACUAUGACCCCUACUUUCGUUUCAAGGACAUAAGCUUUUGCAUCUGGCAAGAGGAAGAGAGAGGGAGCAAGUGGCAUACUAGGGCAUGGACAUUUCAAGAAAGGGCCUUGUCAAAAAGAGCCAUGGUGCUUUUCCAACAAACCGUCAAAUGGGAGUGCCAAGUCAAAGAGUUCGACGAGCAGACCGACUUGAGCAAGAGGCACGGUGAACAUCUCAGUGUUGGAAAAGAGAGGGGCCUAUUAUACGAUGCCUGGUACGAACAGCGAAAGGCCUCAUUCCCUUGGUACAAUAUUUCGAUCACCAUGUCGCCGGAUGUACCACAAUUCAUAGGACUGUGGUUUGGGUUCUCAGGGCGGGAGUUAUCCUAUCAGGAAGACUCACUAAAAGCAUUCAGUGCCAUUAUCAACGUGUUUUCCGCUUCCUUCCCCGGGGGAUUUAUCUACGCACUUCCCGAACUUGCCUUUGACAUCGCACUUACAUGGCAUCAUUCUGGAGAGGUUGGGCGGAGAAGACGAAUGUUCCCUUCUUGGUCUUGGCUUGGUUGGGAAGGUGCAUUAGAGAUGGGUGACUGGGAUCCAACAAUUCGACCAAAACUUCGUACCUUCCGUGAACCCCUAGCUCAAUGA